GUCUGAAACGAGCCACAGCAUGCACAAAGGCGAAGAUGUUUGAUUGAGUCUAGAAUCGCAUUGCCAAACCCGGUCGAAAUGUCGUCGAUCUUGCUGCCAGAGAGGUGUUUGACAAAGCCCAAAGGACUCUGCGCCUCAGGCACUCUCGCACUAUACCCAAAACUAACUGAAGCGACACGUAAAAAGUUCGCCUUCAAGUCGCCUGUUCGAAUAUGGCUUGUGAUGGUGCGGUGCGGGAGGUGCUACCGCAUCAUCCGCAAUCUGCUUCAUUGUUCUCUCCCACCACCCACUAGGCCUGCCAAUGAGGUGUCCUUGUUGCUGAACGCCUUCAGAUAGGAGUGGCGAGAGCGCCUCGUUAUUGUGUGGUCGCUCCUGUCGAUACCUGAUGUGUUGGACAGCAACAACAGCAUCCAUAAUCACCUUGAUCAUCAAUUGAAUCCAAAGGUGUGGAAAGUCCAUGAUCCCUUGCAGAUACUAUGCAUGUGCACUGCUUGUGAUGCAUAUGCAUUGCUGGAGGAUAAUCGAUGCAUCUAGGCUCCUUCACACCGACUGGCGAAACACUCUAAUAGUCGAGAUAAUACAAAUGACUCAAGACACAAAAUUUGGUGUCCAUGACGGAAGCACGGUUGUGUCAGCGAGUGCUCCAAAUGGAUACAGUCCCAUCAAAGUGCGUCAUGGACCAUAUCCCUGGACGAAUUAUUCUGCUGCUGUGGGCAUUGGUGUUGCUCGAUGUCGUCAAAGCCAUCCGCAGAAGCCGUCGUGGUCCAAUCUGCCUUCGCGACCGUUGCCGACGGUACGAAAGCACGGGAAAAUCAAGACAUGA